AGAUAUCUACUAUUCAGGAGUCUAGAAUGUAUCUUUCGAAGAAUAUUUCUUUUUGAAGAUGAAGUAUGGAAUACAUUCAAUGUUUUAGAGAAAGCUAAGAACUGAAAUGGUUUUAAUUUUGGCUGUUGAUGAGACAGGCAAAAAAUCCUUCACUUGCCAGCUCUCCGUUUUCCUGGUUCCCCUUUCCUACUUUCGCUUUGCGGCGACUGGCGAGUCCCAAAAGUCAUUCAACGAUUCAAGAGUCGAGAGAUAAGAAAUACGAACAUUGUAGCCUUCUUUUUAGGAGCAGCCGACAAGAAAUUUACCCAAUCAGGACGUCAAUAUGGUGCUCCUUAGGCAGAUGAUGCACACCUCUCGCAUUGUUCUGCCGUCUUCUGCAUGCACUACAUACUUGAGAAUCACUGCUUCAUUGCACAGGGAAGCAAAACACCACUCACCUGCCAACAAAGUGUGCCACAGUUUUGGAGACAGUGUCGAAAUUCUUGGCAAAUCAUAUCCCACUGACCACUUCACAAAUGCAACCCCAACAAUUGUCUCAAAGAUCGGUAGAAACUUACACAACAAAGAACAUCAUCCUUUACAUCUGAUCUAUAAGCGCAUCGAGUCUUUUUUCCAUAAGUCGUAUUUGAGGAGAGGAAACCCAAUAUUUUCAGCUUAUAGCAAUUUAAGCCCAGUGGUCACACAUGAACAGAACUUUGACAGUCUGCUAGUGCCUCAGAAUCACGUAAGUCGACUGCCAUCGGACACUUAUUACAUCAACUCGGAGUACAUGCUGAGGGCCCACACAUCUGCCCAUCAGAGGGAUCUCGUUCGAUCCGGACUUGAUGCUUUCAUCGUUGCAGGGGAUGUGUACAGACGGGAUGCCAUAGAUGCUACUCAUUACCCAGUGUUCCACCAAAUGGAGGGGGUGCGCCUUUUUUCAGAUUUUGAGCUAUUCAACAAGGUGUCAGACCUGUCAGGUGUCAGUCUGUUUGAGGAUGGGAGGAGAGACAACACCAGACAGGAAACUCAUUCUCUAGAAACUUCCAAGUUGGUGGAACAUGAUUUGAAAGUGUGCCUUGAGGCUCUAAUGCGAUGCCUUUUUGGGGAGGAUCUGAACAUGCGAUGGGUGGAUGCGUAUUUCCCAUUCACCCAUCCCUCGUGGGAGCUUGAGAUCUACCACCAGGAAGAAUGGGUGGAGAUGCUUGGCUGUGGUGUCAUGGAGCAGAAACUUUUGGAUUCUGCUGGUGCCACAAAUAAGGUUGGUUGGGCUUUUGGUCUAGGCCUGGAGCGACUGGCCAUGAAACUGUUUUCCAUUCCGGACAUCCGUCUGUUCUGGAGCACAGACUCUGGGUUCCUGCACCAGUUUGAGGGCAAAGACUUCAAUGACAGCAUCAUCUAUAAGCCUGUGAGUAAGUACCCUCAGUGCGUCAAUGAUAUUUCCUUCUGGAUACCUGAGGAGUUCUCUCCUAAUGAUUUCUAUGAUCUAGUGAGAUCCGUCGGAGGAGAUCUUGUGGAACAGGUUUCUCUUGUUGACGAAUUCCUUCAUCCGAAGAAAAAGCGCAUGAGUCACUGUUACCGCAUUGUCUAUCGGCACAUGGAAAAAACUCUCACACAGGAGGAGGUCAAUGAAGUUCAUCAGGAGAUUGAAAAUUUGUCAGCUCAAAAUUUGGGUGUGGAGGUUAGAUGAGAAAAUCAAUGAAUGUGCUUAUUGUUAAAUUAUUUAUGGGUACCUUUGAAGUGUUUGUGGUUAUAUUAGUCUGUUUUCACAAUAACAUGGCUAAGUUAUUAAUGUUUGCUCGAUUUAUUAUAACAGAGAAUUUGUUUAAGAAAUAAAAGACAAACUUCUGAUAGGUAGACUAUUGUGAGAGAAAUGUGUAAAGACAUUGAUAUUUUGGUUCCAGUAUGUUUGAACUGCUUGAAUUGCAUGGAGCGAUGAAUAAGCUACAUGUAUUUAUGAUAAAUGUGAGAUUUCUUAACUCUUGUGCUGAAAAUGCUUUUUUAAAUUAUCUUUUUUGUGUCAUACCCUUCUAUGUCUGGAUGAAGGAGGUGUGUUUGCUUAAUUCUGUGACUAUAUAAUAGAGAAUCUUUUUAUGUACAGUACUUUCGAUACAUGCUUAGAUUGUUUACAGAUUUUUAUGCAUGUACAGUUGCUAUUUCUCAGAAAAACUGAAGAUGAUUCACUGUUGUAAUAUGCAGCUUAUGAAUUAAAUAAAUUCACUGGUUUUCAAUUAGC